ACAUUCUUGAAAACAAAGCCAUGGAACAUUCUCUCAUCAACCUCCUCUUCACCGUCCUCCUCCUACUCACCACCACUCCCGGAACCCUAUCUCAGCCCUCUCCAGCCGUCGCUCCGGCACCACCAGGACCCACAAACGUCACCAAAAUCCUAGAGAAAGCUGGUCAAUUCACCGUCUUCAUCCGACUCCUCAAAUCCACCGGGGUUGCUAACCAACUCUACGGCCAACUAAACAACUCCGACAAUGGAAUCACUAUCUUCGCACCGAGUGAUUCCUCGUUCUCCGGUCUCAAAGCAGGAACCCUAAAUUCCUUAACCGACGAGCAACAAGUAGAACUAAUUCAGUUUCAUGUCAUACCAAGUUACGUCUCUUCCUCAAACUUCCAAACAAUAAGUAACCCGCUCCGGACUCAGGCCGGUGACUCCGCCGAUGGACAUUUCCCUCUCAACGUUACCACCAGUGGCAAUACCGUAAAUAUCACGACCGGUGUAACCAACACCACCGUCUCCGGUAACGUCUACAGCGAUGGACAGCUCGCUGUUUACCAGGUCGAUAAGGUUUUGCUUCCUCAGCAAGUUUUCGAUCCUCGUCCUCCUGCUCCGGCUCCGGCUCCGUCAGUCUCGAAAUCGAAGAAGAAGAAGGAAGACAGUGAUAGUUCCGGUGAUGAUACUCCGGCGGAUGCUUCGUUUGCUUCACGUAACGUUGGUUCUCUGCGUGAUGCGGUGUCGUUUUGCGUCAUUAGCGCAUUACUCGGAUGGUUUUAUUUGUGAUGAUAACUUGUUAUUACUCAUGAUUUUCUGCCAUGUGGGUGAUUUUGGGGUAAUAUUUGUCUCUUGAUUUUCAUAUGAUUUUGUGUUAAUCAACUCCAUUUGUUUUU